CAAUUCAUUCUGCAUCGCCGCGGUUUGAAAAGCAAAAAACUACACCUCAUCGGGUGAAACUAUAGCAAAGUUUCGCACGUAGCCUCGUUUCGCGUUUUUGCGAUUUUCCGGAACAGGACGGCAAUCUUUCGUGUGAUAAAACAGAAAAAAAAAUCGAAUAGAAGAACAGUGACGCUGAAACGGAUUAAAUUUAAAUGAGAUUUUGUGUGUAGAUGUGAAAUAAAAGUUUGUCAGCGGAAAGAACAAAAGUGUUCCUGAGAAAAAGCAUGAAUUGAAAACUACUAAGAGCGAAGUUUUUAUCGCACUGAAACUGGCAGGAAUUAGUUUCCCAUCGAAAGCAUUUGGCCAAACCAAUUUGGUUCAGAUUUAACCGUUUCACAAAAUGAAUAGGAUUUUCGAGACAACACGCUCUUCCAACAUGAGCCAGUCGCUGUCUAGUGCAACGAAUUUAUUGUAUGCCGUCUCAGAAGAUGAAGGAAGGACUGGUAGCGAUGAUAACAUAAUCAUUGACGAACUAACUGAGGUGGAACCAACAUCAAUUAUUUUGAGAUACUGCAAGAGAAAGUUUCUCCGGCCGUAUGUCUGCAUCCUGGGUCUCGUUGGACUGCGGCCAAAUGCUGUCGACGUGGACCUCGGCACCCUGCUGGGACACUUGCAGUCGAUCAUGGUACUGGUACUGCUGCUCGGUGGCUAUGUGCUGCAGUAUCUGUCCGGAUUUCGAUUGCCGGAUUUCGCUUUUUGCUCGGAUGCCAACAAUUUGAUACAGACAGAUGAGUACACUCUGGAUGGAUGCCGGCAUGACGUCACCUAUGAAAAUGGAAUCCGGAUAGCCUAUCAGAACGUGCGCGGCCUGCGGAUAAAAAUCGACGAGCUUUUCUUGACGGCCUUUGAGUGCAAUCUAGACAUCAUCAUCUUAACGGAAACCGGCUUAGAUAACUGA